CUUUUAGUUUUCUUAAGGAAAAGAUGGUUCCUCGAAGAAAGAGGAAUUGAAUUUAUACAUGCAAUAGAUAUUUCCCUCACUCAUUGGUCAUUAAAUUCAUUUCUAUUGAGACCUGGCAUUAGGUACAGUAACUGAUCCUUAGAUAGAAAGCACUUUCGUGUAUACCAUUAUUCAGUUAUUUUUCCUUUUAAUUUCUUUUUCUCAUCUUUUCUCAUCUUAUUUGACUUAUGGUACAUGGUAACUCUGUUGUAUAUAAAUGUGAACAAUUCCACUGUUGACGAAACAUAAAAAUGCUUGUAAAACAAAAAGAGAGUCAGAAAGUAUCAAAUCUCAGCAGCAGCAGAGAAAAGACAGAGAUUCAGCUGAUACAAAGUUUUUCUCGUAGAUGCCCAGAGGAGGAGCAUGGAGGAGCCUAAGUGCAGCAAGGUUUUCACCUGGGAUAUGGGCAAGGGUACCUUUAUCUCAAAGCGCUUGCCCUGCCCUAUCCGUCAGGCACUUUGCCACGGCCUCCCUCACAUGGGACAAUGUGCUGUCUGAGGCAAACCGUAAGCGCUGUGUCUCUUGCAUGGAGAAGAUGAAGAAGCCCAAAAAGUGGAAAUGGGAAACCAGUAGACUAGCCUCUGUCCUGAUUCCUCUUUGCCAUGUAGAGGGAGAGCUGGCUGUGCUUUUUACAGUGAGGUCUGUUCAGCUAAGCAAGCACCGUGGGGAAGUGAGCUUUCCUGGUGGGAUGGCAGACCCUGAUGAUAAAGACGUCAUAGAGACUGCUCUGAGGGAAACAGAAGAAGAAAUUGGCAUAUCAAGAUCACAUAUUGAUGUCUGGGGAGUGAUCCCCGGCUUGCCCAGCAGGGCUCGUGAUACUGCUGUCAGGGGAGUUCUGGCUUACAUUGGGGAGGUCGACUCCAACUCAUUCACAUUAUCAGAGGACGAAGUCGAGUCUGUGUUUGCGGUGACACUCAAAAAUCUUUGUGAUCCCGAAAAUGCAAGGCAGUGCCAAUUCCGCUCAAAGAGUAUUAAAGGCGGUUAUACCAUGCCCGUGUUCCUUGGAUCAGAACCUCGCGUUUGGGGUUUGACUGCCAUUAUUUUGCACAUUGCUCUUUCAUCGCUCCUUCCUGGGCUCUAUAAGAACAAGCUUGUUCAUCUGCCACAAUUGACGGAAUAAAUAGUUGCAUUUGCUCAUUAGGACUGGAAUAGAGUAAUAUAUUUUUAUAAGUUAGAUUUCCUAUAACUAAAUGUUUUGUCAUAUAUUAUGGGUAGAGAUAGAAAUAUUUUAUCCUGAGGUGCUGAUUAUAGAAUGAUUGAAAGUUGAACUUGAAAUCAUGAGAAUGGUGAUAGAUAAAUCUAUGUUUCAAUUUGUCUAGAAUCUUGUUUCUACAUAUGAAACUGUAGAUAGGUAUCUAUCUGUCAAUCUGUCUGUCUGUCUGUCUGUUUAACAGUCUCUCUGUCUAUCUGUCUGUCA